UUGACACACAGUGUUGAGUUCCUGUAUCAGCCUGAAGAGCUCCGAGACCAGAAUCCAGAUUCAGUCCACCAGUCACAGCAGAGACCUGCUGGACAAACUAGAACCAGAACCCGGACCACAGGAGCCAAACAGCAGCCAAACAGCAGCCUCGUGCUCUGAUAGCACCGAUGUUCAGAAACGGAGAGGAAGAGAGGGACUCAAACGUCGCCACCAGGGAGAAACCAUACUGCUGUGACCAGUGUGGGAAACAUUUCACUAGAUUAGAUAUUUUGAAAGUCCACCAACGUAUUCACACUGGACAGAGACCAUACCGCUGUGACCUGUGUGGGAAAGCUUUCAAUAUAUCAAGUAACUUAAAAACACACAUUCGUGUUCACACCGGAGAGAAACCAUACAGCUGUUACCAGUGUGAGAAAGCUUUCAAAACAUCAGGUGACCUAUACAGACACAGACGUAUUCACACUGGAGAGAAACCGUACAGCUGUGACCAGUGUGGGAAAGCUUUCAAUACAUCAAGUGACCUUGAAAGACACAGACGUAUUCACACUGGAGAGAAACCAUUCAGAUGUGACCAGUGUGGGAACGCUUUCAAUACAUCAAGUGACCUGGAAAGACACAGACGCGUUCACACUGGAGAGAAACCAUACAGCUGUGACCAAUGUGGGAAAGCUUUCACUAGAGGAGGAGAUCUAAAAAGCCACUAUCGAGUACACUCUGGAGAGAAGCCAUACAGCUGCGACCAGUGUGGGAAAGCUUUCACUAAAUCCGACAUGUUAAAAGUUCACCAACGUAUUCACACUGGAGAGAAACCGUACAGCUGUGACCAAUGUGGGAAAGCUUUCACUAAAGCAGGUCUGAAUGGAAACCUUUCCCAGAAAAAUCCAGUGAUUUGAAUGGACCUCUGCGCCUGGUCUGAUAAGACUGGGGGCCAAUCUGCUGGGUCAUUUGGUGGAGCAGCAACUGUUCCAUUUGGGUCUGAGCUGCUUGUAUCUGAUGCUGGCUGUACAUCUAUGGCCGUGCUCCUACUGAUUGAAGCUGAAUGUGGAUCAACUGUGCUUGUACUGGCUGAUAAUCCAGUAUCUACUCCACUGACAAACAUAAGCAGCUGUACUGGUCCAACAGGUUGCAGCUGGAAUGUGCCAGUUUUAUUUUGUGCACAAGAGAGCAUGUGAGCGCACGACAUUGUUGCGUUUUCCGACUUGCAGUUGAAAAACACUGUCGUCUGUCAUUGUUUAUCAAACGUAAUAAAUAAUUGUAUUUUACGCUAACAUUUGUCAGGCAAGCAACAAAAACAGACAGACAGAGAUGCGUUGCAGCUGCACAGUAGCUUAACAUUAGGCUACUGUUAUCUGCCGACAUCAGACUUUGAGAGAGACGAGAACAAGUUUACCUGACUGUCACUCUCAUUUAGUUUUUUUCUCUUCUUGUGCCCUUAAGGAUAGUCACUCUUCAUCCUCUAAUCAAUGUUGUAAAUACUCACUUUUGCCUUUUGAUGAGUUAUUCUGCAAUGUUUUAACAAUGUGCUGUUUCACAUUAACCAAGACAUUUAUUUUGAAAGUACUAUUGCCUAUGUACUAUGACUAACUUGACAGGACAAUGCAGAUGUUUUGUUGCUAACAGUUCUUGACCAUUUUACUGGGGCACAUCACAUGACACGUGCCCCAGUAAAAUUUAAACUCUAUAUUCUGAGCAGCAUGUAUGUUGCUAUGAAUGCUUCUACACACUGACCUGCCCCUCCUCUCCCAAAAGCCUGUAUUUUGUGCAGCGUUGUCUCCCAAAGUGGUGAUAAAGCAGCACAGAUCCCUUCCCAUUGAAUGAGACUGAAAUUGGAAAUGCACCGCUAGUGGUCACAUACAAUGAGCCAUCAAGAAGACCCUUCAGCUGAGACUUUCUACAGCCUUCUUCAGAUAAUGGAUCAGGCUUAGUUAUUAUGACAAGACCUCAGAACGACACUGAGUCACUUGCAUGUGAGACCAGAGACAGUGGUUACCAUCUCCAACUGUAUACAUCCACCUGUUAUCAUGUGACUGUGCUGGACUAGCGUCAUGUGAUGACAACUGAGGAAGUUCGCUUUACUUAGGAAAGCCAUGGGAUGUGGUCAAAAGCUCCAACACAAGAAUGUGAGGGUUGUGUUUAGACCCAAGGUCAUAAAUGAACCCCCACGCUUGCUGAAAUAUUGUUUCUGUGUGCUUCAAACACAUUUUCCUGUUACUGUGUUGUAGUUAAACAUAUUUCCCUAUUUUCAUAUUUACAUGUAUAUUUUUGUUUUCUAUUACUGAAUGUGGUUGUGUUCAAAUUGAAAGCAAAGCCAGAUCUAGUCAAUGAAAAGAGACAAGUUGGCUCCAACUGAGGUGAAGACAUGUCAGCUCAAGAUAGAAAUGUUUUAUCUUAAUUUAAAGAUUAUCUUUGAUUAUUCAAGAAAUGUUUAUAAUUCACUUUAAGUGAGAUUAUUUUGUCUUGUGUUUUCUUGUGAGAAUAGAGUUUCCACUGUGGCUCAAAGCUCAAAAGCUUUUCUCGUAGACUCCACAACUAUUCUCUAGCAUUAAAUGUCUUAUCUGUU